AUGCCCUCGCUUCAUCUCGCGGGACGCCAGCGCCAGCGCAGGCGCUCGUCGCAUAUUACCCAAGCUAAACCAGGCACCUACGGUAUCCCCACCUCCACAACACACCGUCCACCCGCACUCCCCCUCCCUCUCCCACAGCAGCAGCAGCAGCAGACAACAGUAACGUUCGCACCCAACGUAACGCCCACUUCAUACGCCGCUGGAUCCGACGAUGUCGAUCUCGAGGUCGAUUUCGAGCUCGGCAUGGGUACAGGGAUGGGUACGGGGGUGGGCAUGGGGGUGGGCAUGGGCAGUGGAGGGACGCAUGGAUAUGGAUAUGGACAAGGGCAAGGCUACGUAUCCUAUGCGCUCGCAGCUGCGAUCGGCAAUCCGUCUGCUGCUGGGUUCAACGGUGCAUCGGGCUCUCAGUUGCGUGCGGGAGUUGGUGCCGGCUCGAGUGCUAGUGCUAGUGCUAGUACGAGCGCGGGAGCGGGAUUCGGUGCGGGAGCGUCCUCAUCCUCAUCCUCAAUAACAAUAGCAACACCAUCAUCCGCUCCACCGACAUCCUCAACGAACGCAACCGCCCCAACCUCAACCACCACCACCACCACCACCCUCACCCCAACGCCCCCCGCGCCACCCCCAGCGCCAGCCCUAACCGCCGCCCUCGCCCCAGCCCUAACCCCCGCCCCAGCCCUAACCGCCGCCCUCGCCCCAGCCCCCGCCCCAGCCCUAACCCCCGCCCCAGCCCCCGCCCCAAGACGCAAACGCGCGCCCCCACACAAACGCCGCAGCCAAGGAUACAUCCCGCGCCCGCCCAACGCGUUCAUGCUCUUCCGCGCGGACUUUGUGAGGCGGCGGCAUGUGCCUGGGAGUAUUGGGAUUGAUGGUUUGAGUAUUGGUAUUGAUGGUUUGAGUAAUGGGAACGGGGGAGGGGGAGGGGGAGGGGGAGGAGGGUUGUCGAGGGUUGUUGGCACGUUCUGGCACCAACUCCCCCUCGAGCAAAAAAAGAUAUGGGAAGUGCGCGCGAAGCACGAGAAGGCGGCGCAUAAGGCGAUGUUUCCGAAUUAUCGGUUUAGGCCUGUGCAUGGGAAAGGGAGGGGGAGGGGGAAGGAGGGGGUGGGGGUGGGGGUGGGGGAUACGGGGAGGGAUAAAGAUGGAGAUAAAGGGAGGAAUGAAGGAAGGAAGGGGGAUAAAGAUAAAGGGAGGGAGGGGGGUAAAGAUAAAGAUAGGGAUAGGGACAAGGGGAAGGGGAAGGAGAGGGAUACUGAUAAAGAUACGAGGCAGGAGGGGCGGAAGGGGGAGGGACAGCGAGAGAAGGGUAAAGAGAAGGAAAGGGUUAUGCGAACAGAUACAGAUGAGAUCGCACACGCCGUACAGCGCAUGGAGCGCGCGCUUUCUCUUCAUGACGAUCUCGACCUCGAUCUCGACGGUGGUGUGGGCUCGGGCGUAGCUCGCGAUGGUGAUGGUGGUGGGGGUGGGGGUGGGGUGGACGAUGGGGGUGGGGAGUGGUACGAUGUUGAUGUUGAUGUUGACUUGGACUUCGAUGUGGAUGGGGGAUCCGGAGGGUGA